GCGGCUCGCGUUCCCGGGCAGGACCGGUGACGCGGCAGUCUUGGCGGCGCACGAGCGGCAGGCAGGCAGGGAGGGAGAGCGGAAGGCGGCGCCGGGGCCGGACGUGGGCCGGGAGCGGCGAUGGCGGAGACCAUUAUAAUCCGUGUCCAGUCCCCAGAAGGAGUGAAACGUAUUACAGCAACAAAACGGGAGACUGCAGCAACAUUUCUGAAAAAGGUUGCAAAAGAAUUUGGUUUCAGAAAUAAUGGAUUUUCGGUAUAUAUCAAUAGAAACAGGACUGGUGAGAUCACGUCAUCUCCCAAUAAAUCCCUCAAUUUAUUAAAAAUAAAGCAUGGAGAUAUGUUGUUUCUCUUUCCCUCAAAUCCACCCGGUUGUUCUUCUGAGAACAUGGAUGUCUCAAGUUCUCAAGGAGCACGCCAAAUAGGCGUUCCGCAGGUGGUAGAGGAUGAAAUUGACCAGUACCUAAUGAAACAAGAUGGAAGGAUUUACAGAAACAGAGACCAGCAACUUUGUCGACAUAGCCCAUUGGGCAAAUGUGUGCACUGUGUACCAUUAGAGCCUUUUGAUGAGGAUUAUUUAAACCAUCUGGAGCCUCCUGUGAAGCAUAUGUCAUUCCAUGCCUACAUCAGGAAACUGACCGGAGGCGCAGACAAAGGGAAGUUUGUUGCCCUUGAAAACAUUAGCUGCAAGAUUAAAUCUGGAUGUGAGGGGCAUCCCCCAUGGCCUGAGGGAAUUUGUACCAAGUGCCAGCCAAGUGCCAUCACACUCAAUAGACAGAAAUACAGGCAUGUGGAUAACAUCAUGUUUGAGAACCAUACCAUUGCAGAUCGUUUCUUGGACUUCUGGAGAAAAACAGGAAACCAGCAUUUUGGAUAUUUGUAUGGGAGGUAUACAGAGCACAAAGACAUCCCUUUGGCUAUCCGUGCUGAAGUUGCUGCCAUCUAUGAACCUCCCCAGAUUGGUACACAAAACACUCUGGAGCUCCUAGAAGACUCAAAAGCAGAGGUUGUAGAUGAAAUUGCUGCCAAGCUUGGCCUGAGAAAGGUUGGCUGGAUAUUCACAGAUCUGGUCUCAGAGGACACACGGAAAGGGACUGUCCGGUAUAGUCGGAAUAAGGACAGUUAUUUUCUAAGUGCAGAAGAGUGCAUCACAGCUGGGUAUUUUCAGAAUCAGCAGCCAAACAUAUGCCGCCUUUCUCCAGAUGGUCACUUUGGAUCAAAGUUUGUCACUGUUGUGGCUACAGGUGGUCCAGAUAACCAAGUCCACUUUGAGGGCUACCAGGUAUCCAACCAGUGCAUGGCUCUAGUACGUGACGAAUGUUUGUUGCCAUGCCGUGAUGCUCCUGAACUAGGCUAUGCAAAGGAAUCCAGCAGUGAACAAUAUGUGCCUGAUGUGUUCUAUAAGGGGAGAGACAAGUUUGGCAAUGAGAUCACUCAGCUAGCUCGCCCUCUUCCUGUUGAGUACCUUAUCAUAGAUAUUACUACCACGUUUCCUAAAGAUCCAGUUUAUACAUUUUCUAUUUCUCAAAAUCCAUUCCCUAUUGAGAACCGUGACGUGCUGGGAGAGACUCAGGACUUUCAUAGCCUGGCUACAUAUUUGUCCCAGAACACCUCCUCUGUGUUCCUUGACAUCAUCUCUGAUUUCCAUCUGCUCCUCUUUUUGGUCACCAAUGAAGUGAUGCCUUUAAGGGACAGCAUCAGCUUGUUGCUAGAUGCAGUAAGGACUCGAAAUGAGGAGCUUGCACAGACUUGGAAGAAAUCAGAACAAUGGGCCACCAUCGAACAACUUUGCAGUACAGUUGGUGUUCAACUGCCAGGACUCCAAGAGUAUGGUGCUGUGGGCGGUUCAGAACAUGCAACAACCUCCUCCAUGUGGGCCUGUCAGCACUGCACCUUCAUGAACCAGCCGGGCACAGAUCACUGCGAAAUGUGUAGCCUCCCACGCAGCUAGGCCUCGUCCGGCUUGGCAUUCAGGGCGGCCAUCACAGACCAACUGGCAAAAAUACAGAGGCAAACCCUUAAGCCGGGCAGGACUGUUCUUCCUCCUGGGAUGAUGCACCAUGAGGGGCGGGACAGAAUGGGCAAGUGGGGUGGUGACCCAUAUGGCGGGCCCACAGCGCCACCUAGGGGGCGGCAGCUUGCCCUUGGAACUGGCUAUUUCAGUGGGAGAAGACAACGCAGCCCUUCUGCCCAGUGCUGCAGCCUUGCCUUUUCUUUGCUCUCAGUAUUAUAGAAAGCCAGAGGCCAUGUUUCCCUUGAACUGAGGUCACCCAUGUGGCUCAUCAGCUCUGUGGGCACAUGGCGAAGUGGCCAUGCCCCCUGUUAGCUUGCAUGCCACAAGCUUUCCCCAGCCUUAAAAAGUCAGUGAGUAAGGCUAGGCAGCAGUAUUGAAGGGACACCUUGCUCCCCGAACACUAGCUUGCCUAAUAUUGUUCUCUUGACGUGCUUUGCAUUUAGUCCCAGAAUCACUGGGUUGGUGGUGCCUGAAUCACUGCAGUCCACCCUGUAAUUAUAGUUCCCAAAUUGAAUGACUUGCAAUGAAGAACAUGCCACGGCUUUAGAGCCUGAGACUAAGCCCCAAAGCACUUUGAUGCUUAAAAAAAAAAAAGAGUGUAAUUCUUCAUUGGGAAGGGGUGUUGGUGGUUGCCUGUGGACCCAUUUUUGUCCAGUCAUCCAUAAUGGAGCUAUGUCAGCUGCUGUUCCCUGGUGCUUCUCAUCUAGCAGGUGUGCAACAGAAAGGAGUAUUCUCAUCCAGAUAGGACGAAGGCAAACAAUUGGCUAUCCCAUCUGAAAGCAGAUGCCGUUUUGACCAAAAUCAUUUGGGCUGUGUCAUGGUUACGCAGGCAACAAUUCACAUGCCCCAGAUCUCCCAUGCCACCUUCCCUUUACCUUGAAAUUGUUUUCUGAAAUCAGCAACUAUGAGCAAGGAAAGCUUGCAAGUACCGUCCACAUACCUGUUAAAAAUCUGAAUAUAACCUCAGCAGGGCACAACUGAAUGGGGAAUUUGAAGCUUUGUCUUACCCUGUCACUGUCCAGGCACAAUGCAGCCAAAGCACCAGAAAUCCUCUCACCUCAAGAACGCGAAACAUACUGUCCGUUCAUGUAACCACAACUGAGCCAUGCUCUCAAGUUUCUUAUUUCUUUUGAAGUACCAAUUUCCCAACAGUAAAGAUAUCUGUUUUCAUGAUCCAAAUAUUUUCAGCAUCUCUGCCAGCAGUAUAAGGGCAAAUAUGGUUCCUCUUGCAGUAGUAUUUCUGCACAACUGAACUGUUAUCACCCAGGCAAAUCCAUCAACUUUAUUACAGAGAAAUCAUGGCAUGUUUGACCUCUGUUUGCUUGUGUGGACAGAAGGCAUUCUGCUUUAAACCUUCCCACGUUUGAUAUUUUUUAGAAGCUCAUUGCCACAGCAUGAUGUGCCUCCGCCCCAGCUCCCUGUUCUCAUUAUGGGCACGUAGGCCUGGCUCCCAGACAGCUGCCAUGAGGGAUGUGGUCGCUCUGCCUUCCAUGGCAAAAGUAUCUCGGGCUUGGAUGGUCAAGUGUUUGGAAACACUUCCUAAUUAUUGUUGACAGGACAUGUGACAUAGGUUUGCAUUUUGACUAGAUUUCCUGAGCUCACUGGGCUGUAGCCGCUCUUGCUAUUCCUCUUUAUCUGUGGGUUGCAGAGGUGUGUUGGGUUUGGACUGGAGUUAACUGAAUAACAGCCCUUCAAAUAAAAGUCUAUUAAAGCAUCUGAAAA